AUGAUUGUCCUCUUUAAGUCUGCGGCGCAACCGAUCGGCGAAGACGCCUCGAUAAAUUGGCUUCCGGCUCUGCGUCGACCGGACUCACUUGUUUCGUACGUCCGGACGGCUUAUCUCCAUUUAUUGCCACGCCCCAACCCUCGAGCCGCCUGUCAGAACAUCAUGGAGCAUCCGAACGUUGACUUGGUGCAUUGCCAAAACUGUCGACGCUGCCGUAUUCGACAGGCGGCCUUAACAACGGACAACAACCAAUCAAUCUGCCAAUGGGAGGCAAGACGAGGCAGUUCUGUGUGCACCGCCUCCGAAAAAGGAUGGUGGAGACGACCACUCCCCGUCAAGUUGACUCGAAAUGAAAAGGAUUGA